CGAUGGGGUUCUGCCCGCUUCUGUCUGGCUCAACGAACAAUUGGCGCCAAUUUGUUGCAGUGACUUGACUGUGUUAAGUUACAAACUUCUCCUUAACAUCUCAUUCAGUCCUUCUCCCCUGAGACUUCCGUCUGAUUUCUUCUUUCCCAUUUAUUUGAAGCAAGACACCCUUUUCUCUCUGUUCAAGCUUGUGACGUUACCUCGGACCCCUCAACUCGCCCCUCUCUCCAACGGCGACUUCACGUAUCAUCAUGGCUGAUGAUACCGCCACAGCGGAGGAUUCUCCGAUCACCUUCAACAUCAAAGCAUCUAAUGAUGCUAAGUUCACACUCACAUUACCUCUCUCGACGCCAGUUUCAGAGUUGAAGGAGAAGCUCUCGUCAUCCGAAUAUGCCGAUACCCCAGCGGAGCGCCAGCGCCUGAUCUAUUCAGGGAGGGUGCUGAAAGACAGUGACACUUUGGCGACCUACAAGAUAAAAGAUGGACACACUAUUCACCUCGUGAAAAGCGCUGCCAGUAAUCAACGUCAGGCUGCCGCCCCUGCACAGAGUGCUUCCACAUCCACGCCAACGAGCGCUGCCGCGAAUCCAGCAGCCGCCGGAGUCCCGACAAAUCUCGCCGCUGGCACAGGCAACAACCCUCUUGCUGGCUUAACUGGUGCGCGGUAUGCUGGGUUCGCACAGCUUCCAGGUGCUGGUAUGUUCGGCCCAGAUGGCGGGAUGGGCCCUCCACCCGACGCAGAUUCGAUGCUUCAGAUGCUUGAGAAUCCGCAAUUCCAAUCCACCAUCAACGAAGCUCUACAGAACCCUGCCAUGAUCGACAUGAUGAUGCAACAAAACCCGAUGUUGCGUGAUAUGCCCGGCGCCCGUCAAAUGAUGCAAAGUCCAGAAUUCCGCCGUAUGUUAACUGACCCUAACUCGCUUCGCCACAUGAUGCAGUUUCAACGGGCAAUGGGAGGCCUUGGUGGCGGUGGUGCUGGUGGCGGUGGUGGUGCUUUCCCUGCCCCAGGCGUUACGAACACGACACCUGAGGAGAACAGGAACGCGCAAAACGACAGCAACGGCGCCAACACUACGGCCGGCGCACCACCUUUCAAUCCUUUCAUGCCUCAGGGUCUAGGCGCAGGCAAUCCGUUUGCUGCUCUUUUCGGAGGUAAUCAAGGCAUGGGCUUCAACCCAACGGGCGCUGGCCAGACUGGGCCAGGGCAGACAGAAUCGGGUGGGGAACCUGGUGGUGAUGCUGCUGCCGAAGGUCAAGCUGCGCAAAAUGCACAGAACCCCUUCCGCGGGUUGAAUCCUUCUCUGUUUGGUGGUCAAGGGGGCAUAAACCCGUUCAAUCCCGAACAAAAUCCACUGCUCCGCAACCCUGCGUUGCUGGAACAGUUGAUGCAAUCAAUGGGGGGACAAGGAGGGGAGGGUGGUGCUGCUGCUAACCCUUUCGCUUCUUUGUUUGGGGGUGGAGGUCCCGGUUUCGGUAGCCCGGCUCCCACAGACAACAGGCCACCGGAAGAGCGAUAUGCGGACCAGCUGCGCCAGCUCAAUGAUAUGGGGUUCUUCGAAUUUGAACGAAACAUUGAAGCUCUUCGCCGAGCAGGAGGCAGUGUACAAGGUGCGGUGGAGUAUCUGCUGAGCCAUUCGUCCUAAUCACCAUUUCCUAUUUCAUUGGCGGCUUGAGAUUUUUGGCGGGUUUCUAGCGGUUCCGAUGACUCUUUCGUGUCCACCUUGGGUUUGAAGCAUGCGGCUCAAUGGAGAAACCUUCCUGGAACAUUUGUCUCCGUUGUAGUUUUGUAGAUCGAGGCCUUACAGUGUACCUACUCCCAUCAACAUAUUACGUGAGAUAUGAAUGAUCAUAUAAUUUCUUGUGCUGUUUUUUUUGCUCUUACGAUAUGACUGUUUGAUUUCGGAAUAGACAUAGUCGAGGUUGAGGUCGCUUUGUCGGCUGUUCU